AUGAAUAUCAAUCAAAGCCUCAUCGCACGUCAUCCAUCAUUGACACAAGAAGAGUUCUGUGAAUACUGGUAUACAAAGCACGCGCCUCUCGUCGUUCCCAUGUUCCUGUACUCAGGAACCCAACAUUACGAGCAGGCACUACUUGAGACUGACUUGUCACUUCAGAUACACGGUCCCCUAACAUACACGACCCCUUCCGCAUCCUCAGACCUUGAAAUACAACUCCACCACUUCUCCGGAGCAGCAGCGAUCCUCCGCCGUCAGCCAUCAUCAGAUAAUCCAUCUCCAACUCCAAAAUGGGUACAAGACUAUUACACUGAAGUAGUAGUUAUAGAUGAAAGGAAGUUUUUGGUCAGCGAAGCUGCAAAUCAUUACGUGAGAGUGCCGCCUGAGACUGUGAAUGGUGACAAGAAAGUGAUCAUCCAGGAUGGGAAAUGUUUGAUUGAGGUUGGUGAUGAGGUUUGGAAAGUUUGGAGGGAGUAUGAAGCGAGAGGUGGGAUGGAGGUAGAAGAGUCCAAAGCAAGAGAAGAUUAG